AACGUCAGAUUCCCUCUGGAUCUACCACCCACCAAAAUGGAUCUACCUCCGAAACUCAAAGCCAUAACUCUCACACACGUUCGUUACCGCCGCGGCGACCACCUCGGCCACUUCCUCGCGUGGAUCUCCCUCGUCCCCGUCUUCAUCAGCCUCGGCGGAUUCGUCUCCCACUUCCUCUUCCGCCGCGAGCUCCAAGGGAUCUUCUUCGGCGUAGGCCUCGUGAUCUCCCAAUUCAUCAACGAAUUCAUCAAAACAACCGUCGAACAAGCUCGUCCCGAGACGUGUACCAUGCUCGAGGCCUGCGACUCGCACGGGUGGCCUUCGAGCCACUCGCAGUUCAUGUUCUUCUUCGCGACGUACUUUAGUUUGAUGGGGUGUAAAGGGAUCGGGUUCUGGUUCGGGUUGAGGAGUAGAUGGGUUUUGAAUCUGUUGCAUUGGUCGUUGGCGGUUGUGACUAUGUAUUCUAGGGUUUAUUUGGGGUAUCAUACGGUGGUUCAGGUUUUUGCUGGGGCGUUGUUAGGGGUGGUUGUUGGUGGGAGUUGGUUUUGGGUGGUGAAUAGUGUUUUGUUUCCUUAUUUUCCGGUGAUUGAGGAGAGUGUUUUAGGGAGGUGGUUGUGUGUUAAGGAUACUUCUCAUAUUCCUGAUGUGUUGAAGUUUGAGUAUGAUAAUGCUAGAGCUGCUAGGAAGAAGAACUUGGAGGGUGUUAAGUCUGAUUGAUUUGGUCGGGAAAGCAUUGUUUAGCCACUGUUGCAAGACUUUAUGGCAUUGGUGAGAUUAUCUGCUCAUAUAAACAUGAAACUCACAAGGAUAGUCUUCUUCACACUUAUUAUUUGCAUAUUAUUGUCAUCUUGACUUCCAUUUUCGUUUGAUCUAUAUAUUGAAAGACACGUUGCUUCCUAAAAGUAAAGAGAAAAGUUAUGCCCUUUCUAAUUUCUGGUUUUCGGUGAUUCAAGCACUCUAAUGUAUCUCUUUAGUUAUGAAGACAUUAUUUAAGAUUCAGAUUUGCUUAAUGAACAAAAAG